AAACGCAAAAAAAAUCAAAGCCCACACACAAUACUCUACUGUAGAGAGAGAAAAACGGAUAAGUCUCUCUCUCUCUCGCGCGCUCACUUGGUAGCACUGCUAGUGCUAAGCAAAAAUGUUGGCAAACCCUAGUUUCCAUGGCAGACCUUAUUAUCCAUCCUCUCGAUUCUCUCACUCUACUUGUCGCAGACUUUCUCUCCCCUUCUCCCCUUGUCCUCGCAAUGUUCACUGCAGAAAAUCUUUAUUUAUUCCUUCUUCAUAUAUUAUUUCAUCAAGAAGAAGCUGUCGUGGAUUCCGUAUUAAAGCUUCGGCCGAAUACGGGGCUUCACAACCGGCUAGCAAUGGAGCACAGUAUAUUUCGCAGCCGUACUCUGUCAGAAUUCCAGUAGGCGAUAGACAUAUAUUGGUUGAGACGGGUCAUAUAGGGAGACAAGCUAGCGGUGCUGUUACAGUAACAGAUGGAGAAACUAUUGUAUACGCAUCUGCUUGUUUGGCUGAUGUUCCGAGUGAGCCUUCUGACUUUUUCCCUCUUUCUGUACAUUAUCAAGAACGUUUUUCAGCAGCUGGCCGAACUAGUGGAGGGUUUUUCAAGCGAGAAGGAAGGACAAAAGAUCAUGAGGUUCUUAUCUGUAGAUUGAUUGAUAGGCCUUUGCGUCCAACUAUGCUUAAAGGCUUCUACCAUGAAACUCAGAUAUUAUCUUGGGUUUUGAGCUAUGAUGGGUUGCAUUCCCCUGAUUCCUUGGCACUUACAGCUGCUGGAAUUGCGGUAGCUAUUUCAGAAGUGCCAAAUUCAAAAGCUAUCGCAGGAGUUCGUGUUGGUCUGGUUGAUGACAAGUUUAUUAUUAAUCCCACAACCAAGGAGAUGGAAGACUCGAAAUUAGAUUUAUUGCUAGCUGGCACAGACAGUUCGAUAUUGAUGAUAGAGGGGUUUUGUAAUUUUCUUCCCGAAGAGAAGUUGCUGCAAGCAGUUGAAGUUGGACAGGAUGCAGUACGUGCCAUUUGCAGCGAGGUGGAGGCUUUAGUUCAGAAGUGUGGGAAACCAAAAAUGAUUGAUGCAAUCAAAUUACCUCCUCCUGAGCUAUAUAAGCAUGUUGAGGAAAUUGCUGGUGAUGAACUAGUGAAGGUGCUACAAAUUGAAAACAAAAUACCAAGAAGAAAGGCCCUCUCAUCAUUAGAAGAAAAAGUUUUAACUAUACUUACAGAGAAUGGUUAUGUCAGCAAGGAUGAAGCUUCUGCAGCUGCUGAACUGAUACCAGACUUGAUUGAGGAUGAUGACGAGGAUGAAGAAGUAGUUGUGGAUGGCGAAGUUGAUGAAGGUGAUGUGCACAUAAAGCCAGUUUCACGAAAACCUAUUCCCUUGCUGUUUUCUGAAGUUGAUGUGAAGCUGGUUUUCAAAGACGUUACAUCCAAAUUCCUGCGAAAACGUAUUGUGGAGGGGGGAAAAAGAAGCGAUGGGCGAACUCCAAACGAGUUACGCUUAAUUAACUCACGAUGUGGAUUACUUCCUAGAGCACAUGGAAGCGCUCUUUUCACACGUGGGGAAACACAGUCACUAGCCGUGGUUACACUUGGUGAUAGACAAAUGGCCCAAAGAAUAGACAACCUUGUGGAUGUGGAAGAAUUGAAGAGAUUUUAUCUUCAGUAUUCUUUUCCUCCGUCAUGUGUUGGGGAAGUUGGGCGGACGGGAGCACCCAGCAGAAGAGAAAUUGGUCAUGGGAUGCUUGCAGAGAGAGCUCUAGAACCAAUAUUACCUUCUGAAGAUGAUUUUCCAUACACUAUACGCGUUGAGAGUACCAUCACAGAAAGCAAUGGCUCUUCAAGUAUGGCCUCUGUUUGUGGGGGAUGCUUAGCAUUACAAGAUGCUGGGGUUCCGGUAAAGUGCUCUAUUGCCGGUAUAGCAAUGGGGAUGGUCUUGGACACUGAGGAAUUUGGGGGAGAUGGGACACCACUUAUCCUCUCUGACAUAACAGGAUCGGAAGAUGCAUCUGGAGAUAUGGAUUUCAAGGUUGCUGGAAAUGAAGAUGGUAUAACUGCAUUUCAGAUGGAUAUAAAGGUUGGUGGAAUCACUCUACCAAUUAUGAAGCAGGCACUUCUACAAGCAAGAGAUGGCCGAAAGCGUAUCCUUGCUGAGAUGUUGAAAUGCUCACCUUCUCCUUCAAAAAGGCUUUCUAAGUAUGCCCCAUUGAUUCACGUUAUGCAGGUCAAGCCAGAGAAAAUAAACCUUAUUAUUGGUUCUGGUGGGAAAAAGGUGAAGAGUAUUAUUGAAGAAACUGGAGUCGAAGCUAUUGACACACAAGACAAUGGAACAGUGAAAAUAACGGCAAGGGAUUUGUCAAGUCUAGAGAAGUCUAAAGCUAUUAUUAGGAAUCUGACAAUGGUUCCAACUGUUGGCGAUAUUUACAGGGAUUGCGAGAUCAAAUCAAUAGCACCUUAUGGAGCCUUUGUUGAGAUAGCACCUGGACGUGAGGGACUUUGCCAUAUUAGUGAGUUGAGUGCAGAUUGGCUGGCAAAGCCAGAAGAUGCUUUCAAAGUUGGAGACCGAGUUGAUGUCAAGCUUAUUGAGAUAAAUGAAAAGGGACAGCUUCGCCUAAGCCGUCGAGCACUACUUCCAGAUCCAAAUCCAGAUAAACCGGGUGUAAAGCAGCGUACAAGUAAUCUUACCAAGGACAGUGCUGCUUCACAAAAAGGUCCUGAUAAAGGUACAAUUAAGAGAGUUCUAAGAGCACCAAGGGACAGUUUAUCAGAAGAGAGCACUGAACAUGCCAAGGAUGAAAAUAUUGCUCUAAAACCCACGAACUCCCCUAAAAGUAAUUCAACUCUGCUCUCGGAGGAGAAAGUUGUUAAGAAAUUAGUUACCUCUACCAAGGAUGCGCUCCAUAGUAGCAAAGACAGGCCAAAUAAAAGCAGUUAUAAAGCUAUUAUCAGUGUUUCUAGCGAAAAUGAGAACACACUAGUAAAUGGAGAGGCCAAAAGUGGAUAGCAAGUGUCUGAAUUGGUUGGUCCCCAUUUUAGUAGUGCUGAGUGGUGGUGGGUGGCUCUCUGCAAUAGAAGGGUUCAGAGGAAAUUCUUUGUUGCAUGUCACUACAACGUGAAGCAAGCGAACAUGUCUGAUGAACAGUGUUGGGAUAGUAAUCGGGAGAGAAGGAACCUAACAAAGAGCAGCGGUCUUGUGUGAGUUUGUAUAAAGAAAGAGGCUAGAAUUGAUAGGCAACAGAAACAGUGCUGUUAUUGCUUUUGUUUUGAAGAACUUCCAUUUUUGAUCUGGAGUGGAACUGCUCUUGGAAACACCUGAAAGUUGUGGUGUUGUGUUGACUGGUUCUACAAAGCAAUUGUCAAUUUGUAAUAAGAAGAAAUUUUCCAUGUGCCGCCCUGUUUUUUUUUUUUUUGGUUUAUCCAUUUUUUUACUAGACGCAACCCAGUUGAUAUUGUAAUGACACCUUUCUUGUUACUUGUAAUGGCAAUGCUAUAAUUAUUUCUAUAUUCAACAGCAUGGAAAUUAUUGAUUA